CCAUCGUCAUCCAACGAGAACGGCGUCGCAGCUAAGGUUGUAACAACCGAUCCUGGUCCAAUGAGUGACGAAUACUAUCGCGGGUUCAUCAGUGAACUCAGCAAGUCGCGCAUGCCCAGUGCCAUUCGCGGUCUCUUCCCACUGGAGCUCACUCCUGGCCUGCUCUCUAUGCUCGCAGGGAAACCCAACCCCGAGGCAUUCCCUAUCAACAGUAUCAGCGUGAACGUGCAGGACCCCUGGGACACGAGCAAGAACGUGGAUCUUAAGGUCGAGGGGAAUGAUAUGGCCGAAGCACUCCAGUAUGGUGCUACGGCUGGUAUGCCUAGGCUCGCAGCAUGGUUUGAGGAGCUCCAGCAGGAAGUGCAUGGAAGGGGAAAGGAUGAGGGUUGGAGGGUAAGUGUGGGUAGCGGCAGCCAGGAUCUGCUGUAUAAGGCCUUCCUCGCUCUCCUUAACCCGGAAGACAGUUGCCUGAUCGAGGCCCCAGUCUAUGCAGGGGUGAUCCCCAUGAUCGAUAGCAUCAAGUGCAACAUCGUGGAGGUUCCCACGGACUACGAGGGGAUCUCAUCUUCAUCCCUGCGCGAAAUCCUGGAGUCCUGGCCGGCAGGCAAGCCCUACCCAAAGGUCCUCUACACCGUCCCGUACGGGUGUAAUCCCACUGGUGCCACCGCACCGGACUCGCGGCGACGCGAAGUACUCGCGCUUGCGCGCAAAUACCACUUUCUCAUCAUGGAGGAUGAUCCAUACUUCUACCUCUACUUCGGUACUGCCACGCGUCCGACGUCCUACUUCGCAAUGGAAAAGCAAGACGGGCAAGGUACAGGCCACGUGAUCCGGUUCGACAGUCUGAGCAAGAUCCUCUCCUCCGGUCUCCGGAUUGGGUGGGCGAGCGGGCCAAAAGUGCUGCUGGACGCAUUCGACCUGCACACAUCGACUGCCAACCUCCAACCAAGUUCGACGACCCAGGCGAUCACCUACGCCUACCUGAAGUAUAUCGGCCUAGAUGGUUUCCUCAAGCAUACCGAGCGCGUGUCGCAGUUCUAUGGUGCCAAGGCGGCCGUGUUCGAGCGAGCGAUGCAGAAGCACCUUUCGGGGCUGGCGACAUGGGCCUACCCCAAUGCGGGCAUGUUCUUCUGGUUCAAGCUCAAGCUGCCACCGGUGCAUAACGCGCCUGAAGGCGAUAGCAACGUCCUGAUCGCGGAGAAGGCGUUCAGGAACGGCGUAUUGGCUCUCCCGGGCACGUCGUUCUUCCCCAAGGCACAGCCGACCCCCUACGUACGGGCAGCGUUCAGCUUGCUAAGUGAAGAUGACGCGGACGAGGCCCUCAGGAGGCUGGCGGAGACCGUCAGACAGGAAUAGGUUGUCUAGACGUACGCAUGUAUGGAAGGGUGUAGGAAACUCAGGUGUGUACAAUCUACUCUGUAACUUGGAUGUCCUUUCGGAAGGAACAUUCUCU